AUGACAGCUCAUUUUCCCUUGUCACCACCCAAAUAUCCUUCCUACCUUAAACUCACUCAUUAUGCAAGCUUAGCAUCUGAACAAUAUUACCAAAAACGUCAUUUAGACUUGGAUUUACGUCUUCCUCAGUAUUGGAACAAGACAGACAAAUCCCAACUGAUGGAAGUAGGCAUUCAUGGGUUUGAUUUAAAUUAUGCUUUAGGUAAAACAAAUUAUCAACAUACAGGUGAGGCAGCAUCGAUUCGCACAAAUUUCCCAAUGAGACCUCAGUGUGGUGUUUAUUAUUUUGAAGUGCGCAUUUGUUCUAAUGGUUUAGAUGGCCUAUUUGCUAUUGGUAUAUGUACCCGUCAAGCCAAAUUAGACAGAUUGCCAGGUCAAGAUGUUGAUUCAUUUGGCUAUUUUGGACAAGAUGGUCAAGUUUACUUGGAAAAGCAAAGUAAGCAUGGUGGUCCAAGCUUUUCAUCAGGUGAUAUUGUUGGAUGUGGUGUCAAUUUCGCCAACAGCACCCUCUUUUUCACUAAAAAUGGCAUUUCUCUCGGCUGCGAAUAUGAAUUUCAUCAAGACCGACUUUAUUAUCCUUGUAUUGGUUUAAGCACACCAGGUGAAAAAGUGGCUGCUAAUUUUGGUCAAGAACCCUUUCUGUUUGAUAUUCAACAGAUAGCGAAAAGAGACACAUCGACUCUAUUACAAGAUAAACUCAGGAAAGAUGUAAACCAUAUGCUUGUUUCCUACUUGAUUCAUUUGGGUUAUCUGCAGACAGCUACUUCUCUUUUAAAGAAAACAAAACACACUGCUUGUCUGACUGAGGAUGAUAUGCAUUAUAGUCAUAUUCGCAAAGCCAUCAUGUCUGGUUGUGUUGAUGAGGCCACACGUCAAGUACAUACCCUGUGCCCUAACUUACUUGAGACAGACCUAGAUUUGUCCUUUGAACUUAAGACACGCAAAUUUCUUGAUAUUCUCAUGGACACCUCUCCAUGCCACUCUCUUUCAUCUUCUUUAUGUUUAUCAGAAGAUACAGACGAUGAUACAUUGAGUACUUAUUCUGGAAGAAGUCGAACAUUAAGUAUCAGUAGUAGCAGUGAUUUAUAUCAUCAUCAUCAUCAUUAUCAUCAUUCUACAACUGAAGAGGUCUCAACACCAUCUGUAUCAUCGCCACCAUUGCAUGUUGCCGCGUCGGGAAGACGCUUAAGUUGGGCUGCUGUCGCUGCCUCUCCUACGCUACCCAGUUGUGAAUCCGAAACACACGAAACAAGAAAAAGACUAUUUUCAAGACGUAGUAGUAGUAGUCAUGGCUAUAUCACAGACCUCGAAGAACAAGACGAAGAAGAUGUGGAUCAUAUGUCAACCGUUCGUCAAGCCAUGCUUUAUGGUCAAUCACUUCAAGAAGAAUAUCAGCAUCAGCCCAAGUAUCUCAAUAAGCUGAUUGAAUUAUUUAGUCUCUUGUCUUAUCCUGAUCCAAAAACCAGUUCAGAAGCACAUUUACUUGACAUGUCACUUCGAGAUACGACAGCGACGACAUUGAUCAAAGCCAUGAAAGGCUAUAAACAACAAUCCAAUAUCUCUUCUUUGGAGCUUGCCUAUAAGCAAACCAUGGUAGUAACAAAAGAACUUGUCUUGUUAGGCCAUGGUCAAACCUCUUUGAUUGACUUACACAACUAUUAA